AUGAAUACAGAGGAUACAAGAGGUAGAACACCAAAUAAAGGGAAUGCUGCUCUUUGGGGAUGCUCUUCGGCUAUGAAUAGCAUGAAACGGUUCAACCAUCUGCCGACUACAAUUAAUGGUGCAUUAACACAGGAGCAGUUGAUUGCUUACCAGACUAUGUUUAGAAUACAAGAAAUAACAUCGAAGUUGAGAAUGAAUGAGUUCCAGAUUCCAGAGAGGAAAAAUCGUUCUCCAUCUCCACCACCAGCCUACGAUGCUCGAGGCAGAAGAACUAAUACAAGAGAACAGAGAUACAAGCGGAAACUAGAAGAAGAAAGACAUAGGCUAGUCGAAAUUGCUUUAAAAUUAAUACCACAUUUCGUAGCUCCUGAAGACUAUAAGAGACCAACAAAAUUCCAGGAUAAAUAUUAUAUUCCAGUUAGUCAAUAUCCAGAUAUUAACUUCGUAGGUCUUCUUUUAGGUCCUCGUGGUAAUACAUUAAAAAAAUUACAAGAGGACUCACAAUGUAAAAUAGCCAUAAGAGGGAGAGGUUCUGUGAAAGAAGGUAAAAACGCCAAUGACCUUCCUCAAGGUGCGAUGAAUUUUUCUGAUCCUUUACAUUGCUUAAUUAUUGCUGACACUGAAGAAAAAGUUCAAAAGGGUUUAAAAGUUUGUGAAAAUAUUGUUGUCAAGGCAGUAACUUCUCCAGAAGGACAGAAUGAUUUAAAAAGAGGUCAGUUGAGAGAAUUAGCCGAAUUAAACGGUACUCUAAGGGAGGAUAACAGACCUUGCCAGAACUGUGGAUUAGAAGGACAUAAAAAAUAUGAUUGCCCUAGUAAGGAAACAUAUGCUUCUAGGAUUAUAUGUAAUAGAUGUGGUCAAUCAGGUCAUGUAACCAGGGAUUGUAAUGCCGAUAUGAGCACACAAAAUAAUGGAUACCAAGGGAAGCCGAAACGUUACAACAUGGAUGAAUAUAAUUAUGAACAACGAGACUGGAAAAGAAGACAUAUAUAUAAUAAUAAUGGCUACAAUAGUAACAGCUACGAAAAUGAAUCACAAGAAGUUAUCACAUCCUAUAGAUCUCGAAAUACCAGGUCAGCUAUACCUACUGGUUACGAUACUUCAAAUAGACAAUAUAGCACUCAUGCGAACAUGAGCAGCAGUGAUCCUUUGAUUGGGAUGCCACAGCAUAAUGCAGUAGAACUCACCAAUCAUCAAUAUAAUUCUUAUGGGAAUAGCAAUAACAACGCUGAAAUAAACAGUGCAGCUGCUGUCAGCGAUUCCAAAGAUCAACACGAUGCUCAAUCACAACCUUCAAGAGAGCUAACUCCUGGUAUACCUUCAGGAAUAUCUGACUCUUAUAGUUUAGCAGCACCUCCUGGAUUAACAGGUCCACCUGGCCUUGGUACCCCACCUGGACUAGAUGCACCUCCAGGGCUUGAUGAUACCAAUGGUCAAAAUACCCUACAACUUCCACCUGGUUUAAGUGGACCACCUGGUUUGUAA